AUGGCCUCCAGGGAUAUGGUCAUAGGAGUGAUCUUCUUAUCCCAGACAAUGGUUGGAAUCUUGGGGAAUUUCUCUCUUCUUUACUAUUAUCUCUUCCUCUCCUUCACUGGGUGCAGGUUGAAGCCCAUAGAUUUGAUUGUUAAACACUUGAUUGCAGCCAACUCCUUAUCCCUCCUCUGUAAAGGAGUCCCCCAGAUGAUGGUAGGUUUCGGAUGGAAAAAUUUUCCAAGUGAUUUUGGAUGCAAACUUCUUUUCUAUCUUCACAGAGUAAGCAGGGGUGUGUCCAUAGGCAGCACCUGCCUCUUGAGUGUCUUCCAGGCCAUUACGAUCAGCCGGGACUCUAGGUGGACAAAACUUAAAAGAAAAGCUCUCAAGUGCAUUGACUUCUCUAUAUUCCUGUGCUGGGCCAUCUACAUGCUGGUAAAUAUCAUUUUCCCUCUCCAUGUGACUGGCAAAUGGAGCAACACGAGCCUAAUGAGGAAGGAUUUGGAAUACUGUUUUGGGAUAAAUCAUAACAAAAUCACACAAUUGCUAUAUGCAGUAUUGUUAUCCUUCCCUGAUGUGUUAUGUUUAGGGAUCAUGCUCUGGGCCAGUGGCUACGUGGUCUUCAUCCUGUACAGGCACAAGCAGAGGGUCCUGCACAUUCACAGGACUAAUAUCUCCCCGAGAUCCUCUGCUGAGUCCAGAGCCACCCAGAGCAUCCUCGUCCUGGUGAGCACCUUUGUGUCUUUCUACUCCCUCUCCUCCAUCUGUCAAGCCUCUAUUGUUGUUUUUGAUAAUCCCAGCUGGUUGCUGUUGAAGGUCUCUGCCUUGAUCAAUGGAUGUUUCCCAACCUCCUCCCCCUUUGUUCUCAUUAACCGUGACUCCAGUGUGUCCAGGUUCUAUUUCUCCUGGGUGAGGAACACAAUAUCCAUGAAACUCAUAACAAAUGUGUAA